CGCGUUCUCGCUGAGACGUCGGGAUCACUGCAAACAUACCCGUCGUGGGGUGGAGCGAUCACUGUGGAAAGGUGGGCGGUUCCGGAGAAAAAGUGAGAUAACGGAAAAGGAAGAAACAGCUGGGAGGGUGCUUGUGUAUAAAUUACGGCACCUGUGUAACCAGGAAGCUCAGAAUCCGUGCGGCAGUGAAAGGAGCACCAUAAACUGUGUGCAUAGUGAUAGAUAUUAGGGUUUUUUUUUGGAGUAGACCCUUUGGGACGUUCAGGUUUUUGUUUAGUGGAUACACAGUCAAAACAUAAAAACCACAGAUUCCAAUCGGUUACCUAUCGGAUCGGAUCUUAUUGUUUCGUGCUUCUGUCUUCCGAUCGAGCCGGCUUCGACCAAGCAAGCCAGCGACAACCGUCACAGCCAGGCAUUUACUGUUUUGUGCUUCAUCGUUUAAGUGUUGUGUGUCGUCCUCUGUUAUAUAGUGCAGCCAAUAAUCACCAGACCAACGAACUGUGAAAAUAUAAUAAAUUAAAUCUAGGCCUAGCACUAACUAUUACUGUGUAGUAACAAACCCUCUCGAAAAACAUCCGACCCGACACAGUCACCAUGAACCGUCAAUUUCCACAACGCCAAGAGCUGACAGCUUCGGUGCCUGUUAAACUGCUCACAGCCGGAACGGCCGCGUGCUGGGCCGAUUUCGUCACGUUUCCGCUUGAUACGGCCAAAGUGAGACUGCAGAUUCAGGGAGAACAACCAGUUCGAACGGCAGCGCUAAAAACAGCUUCCGCCGCCAGCAAUAAUAUUGGCAGUAAUCCGAUACAAUCACUAAAGCUUAAUCCUACCGGGUUCCCCGUGGUACAGCAGUAUCGUGGCCUGGUGGGAACAAUUACCACCAUCACCCGUCAAGAGGGUUUCCGCACCUUAUACAGUGGCCUGUCGGCUGGUCUACAGCGCCAGAUGUGUUUUUCCUCGAUUCGGUUAGGACUGUACGAUACGGUUAAAGUAUUUUACUCAUCAAUUUUUAAAGAAAACGAAGCUGGUCUUCAAAUCGUUACUCGAAUUUGCGCUGGGCUGACAACCGGAGGCCUAGCGGUAAUGUUAGCCCAUCCGACCGACGUGGUCAAGGUGCGUUUCCAGGCAGCGUCCAGAUCGGCAACGGGUCGUCGGUACACUUCCACACUGGAAGCUUACCGGACGAUAGGCCGUGAGGAGGGAGUACGCGGAUUGUGGAAAGGCGCUGCUCCCAAUAUUGGCCGCAACGCUAUCAUCAACGUGGCCGAAAUCGUAUGUUACGACGUGGUGAAAGAUUGCUUGCUGACCUACACUCACAUUCCGAACGAUGUUCGGUUGCACUUCAGUGCUGCGGUGAUAGCUGGUUUCGCGGCAACCGUAGUCGCUUCACCGGUCGAUGUGGUUAAGACUCGUUAUAUGAACUCCCCGAAGGGACAGUACCAAGGAGUGAUAGAAUGUGCCAUCAAGAUGGGCAACAAGGAAGGCAUGGGUGCAUUCUACAAAGGGUUCGUGCCCUCUUUCGCUCGAUUAGUCUCGUGGAAUGUGGUCAUGUGGAUCACUUACGAGCAGCUAAAGCUACUUAUGUUCAAACCGCAAACUAUAGAACGUCGUUACUAAUUUAGUACGUAGUCGAUACUCAUUAAGUAUAUAUAGUGCUAAGGAAAGUCUAUAUUUUAGAGUUUUUCAAACAAAAUUGACCUAGUGAUUCAAACUAAAAAUGAAAGAAGAAUGUAAAUAAGCGAAUAAAAUUUUAGAUAUGCAUAUAUUUUUACAAACAAAUACAAAACAUAAACAACAUAA